AAUCUUCAUAUCAAGUCCAUUUUUAGAUUACAGCGAAAGAUGAAUGAAUCACGACCGUUCAUCUGCACCAGUAUAUCUUAUAAAUAACUGCUUUGGUGGCCGCCAUUUCCACUGGAGCCAUUUUAGACGUUAAUAAAUGCUCAAAAUGGCAAAUACCCGACCUCAACGCCGCCGCCGCCUUCUCCUCGUCGCCUUCCUCCUCGUCACUUUGAUCGCCGCCGUCGAAUCUUCUCGACCGGCGUUCGCCUGUGGGGGGCCGGAAGCAGCGGGGAUGCGGUUCUGCAAUCGAGAUCUCCCGAUCAAGGUCCGCGUUCGAGAUCUCAUCGGGCGACUGGAGACGGAGGAGAAGAUCCGGCUGCUGGUUAACAAUGCGGCGCCGGUUCCACGGCUGGGGAUCGGCGGGUACGAGUGGUGGUCGGAGGCUCUCCACGGCAUAUCCGAUACUGGACCAGGAGUAAAAUUCGGCGGCGAUUUCCCCGGCGCUACGAGCUUCCCUCAGGUCAUCUUAGCUGCCGCCUCCUUCAAUGCCUCGCUCUGGGAGCGAAUCGGAAGGGUUGUGUCUGAUGAGGGACGGGCUAUGUAUAACGGCGGGCGGGCGGGCCUUACAUUUUGGAGCCCGAAUGUAAACAUAUAUCGUGAUCCUCGUUGGGGUCGAGGGCAAGAGACUCCAGGAGAGGACCCAAUUCUAGCCGGAAAAUACGCAGCCCAUUAUGUCCGCGGACUCCAACAAGCCACCGGCGGUCGCAGCGGCCAUCUCCACCUCAAAGUCGCUGCUUGCUGCAAGCACUACACUGCCUAUGAUCUCGACAACUGGCAUGGCGUCGACCGCUUCCACUUUAAUGCCAAGGUGAGCAAGCAGGAUCUGGAUGACACAUUUGAAGUGCCUUUCAAGGCUUGUGUGAUGGAAGGCAAGGCUGCAAGCAUCAUGUGCUCUUACAAUCAAGUCAAUGGGAUCCCCACCUGUGCCAAUCCAAAUCUCCUUCUUAACACUGUUCGGACCCAAUGGGGACUAAACGGGUACAUCGUAACGGAUUGUGAUUCUAUAGCCGUCUUCUAUAACGAUCAACAUUACACUGCUACGCCGGAAGACGCUGUCGCCGUAGCAUUGAAGUCUGGAUUGGACCUGGACUGCGGCCCAUUUCUAGCCCAGUACACGGGCAGCGCGAUCCAGCAAGGCAAGGUCAGCAUAUCCGACGUGGACAACGCAUUGGCGAACACAUUGACCGUACAAAUGAGGCUCGGAAUGUUCAACGGUGAUCCGGCUACUCAGCCGUAUGGUAAUCUUGGACCCAAAGACGUUUGCAGCCCGGCCCACCAAUCCCUUGCCCUCGAAGCCGCCCGUCAAGGCAUCGUCCUCCUCAAAAACCACCGCCGCGCCCUUCCCCUCCGCCCCUCCACUCUCCGCUCCGUCGCCGUCAUCGGCCCUAACUCCGACGUCACCACCACCAUGAUCGGAAACUAUGCUGGAAAUCCUUGCGGUUACAUAACGCCGUUACAAGGUAUCAAUCGCUACGUCAGAACUGUUCAUCAAUCGGGCUGCAUCAAUGUAUCCUGUUUCGGCCCGAAUCAGCCCAUCGAUUCGGCCGUGAAUGCCGCCAGCCAAGCAGACGCCGUCAUCAUCUUAGUUGGGCUCGAUCAGUCGCUGGAGGCGGAGACGAUAGAUCGCGACAAUCUACUCCUCCCCGGCCGGCAAGCGGAGCUCGUUCAGAAGGCAGCUGCCGCCUCUUCCCGCGGCCCGGUCGUCCUUGCUCUCAUUUCCGGCGGCUCGUUAGAUAUUUCCUUUGCUCGGGAUGACCCACGGGUGUCCGCAAUUGUUUGGGCCGGCUAUCCGGGUCAAUCGGGCGGCCAAGCCAUCGCCGACGUCCUGUUUGGAGCUUAUAAUCCAGGUGGAAGAUUGCCGAUGACAUGGUAUCCCCAGGCGUUUGCAGAUCAAGUCCCGAUGACUGAAAUGGGAAUGCGGUCCGAUCCAGCCCGAGGAUACCCCGGUCGGUCCUACAGAUUCUACAACGGACCAGUGGUUUACCCGUUCGGUCAUGGCCUCAGCUACUCCAAAUUUUCUUAUUCCAUCGCCCAAGCUCCGGCCAUCUUCGCCGUCAGACUUAACGUCGGCAGCCAGGCCGCCGCUGCGAACUCCACCGGGUCCGCCCGGACGGUACGGGUCAACCAUACCCAGUGCGAUGACUUAAUCAUGCCCGUCCACGUGGACGUCACAAACUUGGGAGAAUUAGACGGGGUCCAUUCCGUCCUCGUGUAUUCAAGGCCACCAAUUGGUAGUGAGAGAUGGGUCCCACAGAGGCAGCUCGUUGCGUUUGAAAAGGUCCACGUGGCUUCCGGAAAAACUAUUCGUGUGAAGUUGGGCGUGGACGUGUGCGCGAGUUUGAGCGUCGCGGAUAACCAUGGCACCAAAAGGAUUUUGAUCGGCGAUCAUAACUUUGAAAUCGGCGAUCUGGCACACACGGUUUCGGUCCAGGUCCAGAGAGAAAUGAUACCGGACCCCGUGUAGACUUUAGGGAUUAAAAAUGAAUUAAUAAAUUUUAAUAAUUAAAAUAGACCAUUAAUUAAG